GACGAUAAUGUCUCCCGCUUCUCCGAGGGGACAGUAGUCAAGACGGUUUAUGUUCCCGAUAAGGGAGAACCUGCGGAGGCCGUGACACUUGACAUACUCUUCCGCCACACUACUAUCCCCGUCCCCCGCGUUCGGCGUGUUCUUGGAACUGGCGACCGAAGGGGCAUCGUCAUGGACUAUAUCAAGGGAAGGCAGCUCAAACAUGUCUGGCCGACCAUGUCAUUCUUCCAGAAGCUCCGUGUCGGCUUCACCCUCCGUCGGUACAUCCGCCAGCUCCGUGCCAUCCGCCACCCCCGCUCAGUCGUCCCAGGCCCUCUCGGCCCCGGACUCGAGGCGCGAGUCUGCGAUUCCCACAUCCAUGGCACGCGCAACCCCAAGCGCGGCCCGUUCGCCACGUACGCGGAGUUGGCCGCGUUCUGGAAUGAACGCAACGAGAUGGCGAAGCAGGUCGAGAUGAUCCAGUGGAAGGCGUCAGCUGGGGAGGCAGAAGCUCUUCAUCAGGGGCGCUUCGACGACUCCUGCCCCCUCGUGCUGACGCACGGCGACCUCAAUAUGCGGAACAUCCUUGUCGGGGAUGAUGGACGGCUGUGGCUCCUCGACUGGGAGAUGUCUGGUUUUUAUCCUCCCUGGUUCGAGUUCACCAUCAUGACGUACCAAGCGUACGCGGUUGGGGAGCCGAUAGAAGACGAAUUCUGGUUGCGGUUGAUGCCGUUCAUUUGUGGUCCAUUCUACCAUCAGGCGAUGUGGCAUUCUAUGGCGUCCAUUGCCUUAGAAUAUCGUUGA